GCGACCAGGUGCAAUUACAAGUGUGCCCAGCAACAUUCUCAUCUUUGAGCGAAGAGUAUUUAGCAUUCUGUACUGAACAGCAGUGAGGCACUACGCAUGCGUAUGCUAUUCACUGUGUCAAUACAAUUUAUGAGAUCGAGAAGGGAACCGCAGCUCUUCUUUUUGAAGUGCAACAGAAAUGGAUGGAGGAAAGCGGUACAGAAGUAACUGCACUAAGCAGGAUCAAACGACUCAAGCAACGAUGUUGAAAAACGGGAAAUAUAAACGCGAGAGCAGCCCAGAGAGAGUGACUUUAAAAAAAGAAAUCGGACUUAUUAGCGCUUGUGCUAUCAUUAUAGGUAAUAUUAUCGGUUCUGGGAUUUUCAUCUCCCCCAAGGGAGUGUUGGAGCACUCUGGCUCAGUGGGCCUGGCUCUGGUUAUCUGGGUGCUGGGAGGAGGCAUCACAGUUCUUGGAUCGCUGUGCUAUGCAGAACUCGGAGUAACUAUUCCCAAAUCAGGCGGGGACUACUCCUAUGUGACUGAAAUAUUUGGCGGCUUAGUUGGGUUUCUGCUUUUAUGGAGUGCAGUGCUGAUAAUGUACCCCACCAGUCUUGCUGUCAUAUCUCUGACAUUCUCCAACUACGUCCUACAACCAGUGUUCCCGGACUGUAUCGCUCCGUACAACGCCUCUCGAAUCCUUUCAACAGUGUGUGUCUUGUUUUUGACCUGGGUGAAUUGCUCAAGUGUCCGGUGGGCAACCAGGAUUCAGGACGUGUUCACAGCAGGAAAACUCCUGGCUCUCGGCCUUAUCAUCACUGUUGGACUGGUGCAAAUCUUCCAAGGGAACUACAAAUGGCUUGAACCCCAGGCUGCUUUUGAUUUCUGGAAGACCCCCUCUGUUGGGGAGAUAGCACUGGCUUUCCUUCAGGGCUCCUUUGCGUUCAGCGGCUGGAACUUCUUGAAUUACGUGACGGAGGAACUCGUGGAUCCACGGCGGAAUCUACCUCGUGCCAUAUUCAUAUCCAUCCCAUUGGUGACCUUUGUGUACACAUUCACCAAUAUUGCCUAUUUCACUGCCAUGUCACCUGAAGAGCUGCUGUCAUCAAACGCUGUCGCUGUCACCUUUGGUCAGAAACUCCUGGGAGCGAUGUCCUGGAUAAUGCCGAUCUCAGUGGCCUUGUCCACGUUCGGAGGGAUUAAUGGAUAUCUUUUCACCUCUUCCAGAUUGUGUUUCUCUGGAGCCCGCGAGGGUCACAUGCCCAGCUUGCUUGCAAUGAUCCACUUCAAAAACUGCACUCCCAUUCCUGCACUCCUGGUUUGUUGUACUGCUACCAUUGUCAUCAUGUUUAUCGGAGAGACAUACACACUGAUCAAUUACCUGUCCUUUAUUAACUACCUCUGCUAUGGAGUGACUAUCGCAGGGCUGCUUGUUCUGCGCAGGAGGAAGCCCAGUCUUUACAGGCCUAUCAAGGUGAAUCUUCUCAUUCCGAUAACCUACCUUAUAUUCUGGGCCUUCCUGCUGAUCUUCAGCCUGUACUCAGAGCCUGUUGUCUGCGGCAUUGGCCUGGUCAUAAUAUUAACUGGAGUGCCCGUCUACUUCCUGGGAGUGUACUGGAAAAAUAAGCCAAAGUGUUUAAACAAUUUUAUAGAAUCUAUUACCUAUUCGGGGCAGAAACUGUGUUACGUCGUCUAUCCUCAACAUGUGGAAGCAGAAGAAGAAGAGACACCUUUGGACUGCUCACAAAAAUCAGAAGCAUGAACUUUCUCCUUCAGGACAAAAAAAAAUCACCUUGUUUACAGUGACAAAUGUAGAAUAUUUAAUAACUAUCCAUGUUUUCAUAUGCAACAACAAACGUACUUCUCCCAUUUAUUGAAUGGAACUGGUUAUGCAAAACAAGCCCACAAAACCAUUGAGAUCUCCCCUUUAGUGCCGUGCCAUUCCUUCUCAAGGUUUCAGGUUCUAGGCUUUUGAUUACUUUUUCAGCCAGUUUUUUUUUUUUUUUUUUUUUUUUUUUUUUCCUGAGGUCAAUUGCAUCAUCAAUGUAAUUCUGGUUUAAAAGGAUAUGCAGCCCAUCUUGUAUCAAAGGGCCUCAAUGAUUGGCUCUUAGCUGUGUCCACCAGUAGGGGGCUUCAGCUGGUUGGUUAAUAAACUAUAAAUGCAAUGAAGCAUUAUAAGGUUAUAGGUCAACAGCGUCUGUGUGCGAGAGAAUAUUGGUGCAAGUAGAAGCGAACGGACCAAGCCUGUUUUUUUGAUAAGUGUUGAUAUAACCUAUACAAAAAUGUUCGCAGUCCCCAAAGCUGUCAUACAGAUGUAUUAUUAAGUUUAACAGUCCAGCUACAAUACUGUUAAAAAUCAAUAUGGUAUGGUUCAUGUCAAGAAUAGGUUUUCUUUGUGAUCUGUCAUGGCAUACAACAGAAACGUGCACUCUGAUUUGCUGAAAUUGUCUCUACACAUAGGUGCUCAACAGGGGCUGUUGGUGAUCUACUGGCCCCUGGAGAACAAAGGCCAAACAUGCAGUUGUUUUCUCAAGCUCACCAGGCACCUGGCCAGCAGGGGCUGCUAUAGCAUGGGAAGAUGACUUAGUCCCAACUGAGUUUUCAUCCUCAACCCAGGGGAGCGCUAAAGCUCCAUGUGGGAUCACCAAUGCAUAACAACAACCAGCCAGGACUGAAACCUGUGCUCCCCAGACUGCGUGACUCACCCUGCGCACCUCGCAGCUGUGCCUUUACCAGUUGAGCAACUCUGGGAUCCUACAUCCUUUUUCUGUUUAAACUCCAGAAAGCGAGACCUACAUAAGUGAUGGCAGUGCACUGAAGAAAAAUACAGAAAUUGUUUUAGCUUUGGGAACUUUAAAUAGCUUGAUCAUUUUUAAGAACUGGGUUGUUUUGUUUUUAGAAAUGUAGGCUUAUGCCAGUGGGGUUACAUUGUGAACUGGUUUUUCAGGAAGGUAUGUGAGGUUUUGAUAAAGUUUUUAUUGAAAAUAGUGUUUUUAAUGAACAUCAGUUGGUUAUUAUUGUAUUACAUGUCGUAUUGUGCCUUAAAGAAAAAAAGUUAACAGAUGAAGAUUUUUAAAUUACAAUUUACCUGCUUAAAAUAAUGACCUUCCAUGUAACAUGAAUGACUGCAUACAUUUGGCAGUAUUUCAGUUUUGUUUGUGUCAACCCUAUGCAUCUUAUCCACAUUGCCACUAUAUAAUACUAGCAUAAGCUGCCUUUUCCCACACAUCCAAUGUGUCCAAUGUAUUCCCUGUGUGUUGCGAGCAAUUCAGCAUUUCAUUUGGCUAUUCCACUGGUUAUCCCUGUACGUCUCAAUAUAUUAUUUGAGAUGUAUGUAUGUAUGUAUGUCAGAAUACUUUCAUAAAUCUUUUCUGUCAUGCCCUUCCAUUCACUAUGUUGGUUUCAAACGAAACACAUAUUUUAAAACACGACAUUUAGCGUUACAAAAAUAGAAAGUUCUUUGUUGCUUGCUUCCAGGAAAUCUAUUGCACUUCUUGGGUAAUUUCACCUCAACAUUGUCUUUGGGGUCUUACUGGUUGCAAAGGGAAGGCAGGCAACAGGAAAGAAGACCCUGAAGAGAUGAAAUGUCCAGGAAAGUGAAAAACAAGGCCUGCAAAACACACACACACACACACAUAUAUAUAUGCUCUCUACAGAGGAGAUUUGUUGACAACAUUCAGAGCCGAGUUAACCAAACUUAUAGUAUAUUAGUAAAACUUAUUUUGUUUAUUUGUUUGUUGAACAGGUCAUUGGUUGCUCCAAUACAAAUAUCUGAUAGGAAAUCAGGAGAAGUAAUGUAUAAUGAGGAUUAGACCUAAUUCAAUGUUAUAAAGACUACAAUAGACCACAAAAUAAUAGAACGGCUUUUGGGCAAAAGUUGAUUCUAAAUAUGAAAGUUUCACUUCCCAGAUUAUACUGUAUUCCUGAAAAUGAUUAAUUAAUUUGUACAGAUGUAGUUUACUUCAAGGAAAAUAAUUUGUUUAUUAAAUAAAAGACUAUAUAA